UUUGAUACAAGAUGUGUGGUAGAUACGCUAUGACAGUAGAUGUCCAGCAAUUGCCCCUGCAGUUCACCAGGACAGCUUUGCGAAGAGAAGACCCUGGAUCCAGCAAUACUGAUGAUGUCAAAAAAGUCACAGAAAAUACAUACUCCACAACUGAAACACACUUCAAUGGAUCGGAGGAGAACGUGAAAAUAUUUGUAAUGAAUGGAUUAGAAGGUUACCGGCAGUCUUACAACGUUGCUCCCACCAAAAAUGAGCUUAUAAUCUAUAAACAAUAUUCGGCUGCCAACAAUGUUGAAUAUAUAAUGGAAACCCUGGGGUUUGGGCUCGUUCCCAACUGGUCCAAACCAGGGAAUACAGAUCCUUUGAAAGAGGUUCGCAAACAGCAGGCCAUGCAUUUCAAUUGUCGGCGUGAAACUUUAUUGCAGACCUCGUCUAUAUGGAAUGCAUCCAAGAAAACCAGGUGUGUGGUGCCUAUACAAGGAUACUAUGAAUGGAUGAAGAUCAAGACACAGAAGGUACCCUACUACGUGUUCUCCAAAGACCAGCCGUUGAUAUACCUUGCUGGGUUCUACUCUCAUAAUAAGAAUUUCACAGACAACUUCAAUAACGACCAAUACUUGUCUACGUUUACCAUAAUCACGGGACCUGCGACCAAAGAGGAUAGUAAUGACUUAUCGUGGCUCCACUCCCGAAAACCAAUCUUUCUUAAGCCAGGAACUCAACAGUGGGACGACUGGUUGGACCCAAAAGUCCCGUGGAGCCACGAGCUCCAGAUCGCGUGUUUGGACACACUCACAAACCCUGCAUUUGAGUCAAUUACAUGCCAUAAAGUCUCUAGAGACGUUGGAAACACCUCCAAAGAUGGAGAAUAUCUUAUAAAGGAGUUGAAGCAGGAAGAAAAGCGAGGAGCUAUCGACUCAUUCUUCAAAAAAAGACCUAACCCGCAAAUCUCACCUUCCCCUGAUGCCAAGAAGGUCAAGACAGAGCCAUCUGUCAAGGAAGAACUCGAUUAAUGUUUCUGUAUAUCCUAAUGAAUUUUCGCCAGAAAGGGUCGUGCAACCCCAAUCUGGUAUCUUUCGGUU